UAAAGAAAAAUAUUUGAAGUUUGGAUUUUGGAUAAAUGAAAAAGUUUUGAAACUUAUCCGUUUUGACGGUCUCAUAGAUUUUUGAUUCUAUGUUUCCAAGGAGCGCGAGCGGGACCAUCAUCGGAUCGGCAAGCUGCAGGCAUGGAGUCGCGCAGAGAGAGUGAGAAAAAGAAGCUGAAACGCAGUGAGAUACUAGAGAAAAAGAAGGCAAUCGACCAAUCCAUCAAGGCCGCUUCUGCUCAAACUGACCAACUUGCUUCUUUCCCUCCCUUUCGCUGUUUCAACAGAAAUGGCCUUUGUGUACGCUUGGAAUCGGGGCGUGGUGAUAAGCUCUCCCCUUGUAUGAAACAAUGCAUUCAAAGCCUCCUCAAGGCGAAUAUGGAGGGGCCGUAUGGGUCGGAGUGGGCGGCCGAAGAGAAGGUGAAGCGGAGGGAAAUGGUUGCUCCGGAAGCACGCUAUAUAUUUGUACAUUCUAAUGCCAAUGAGAUGACGGUGGACGACGCCCCCAGCCCCAGUCCCUUGCUUGGUUUCGUGCAUUACCGCUUCACUGUGGAGCAAGAGAUAACUGUUCUUUAUUUAUAUGAAAUACAGCUGGAUUCCUCCGUCCAAGGGAAAGGACUCGGCAAAUUCUUGAUGCAUCUGAUUGAGCUUAUUGCCCGCAAGAACCACAUGGGCGCCCUGGUGUUAACUGUUCAAAAAGCUAACUCGUUAGCCAUGAAGUUUUAUAUGAGCAAGCUGAGAUUUGUGAUAUCGAGUAUUUCACCAUCCAGAGUCAACCCACUGGUAGGAGUUGAAAACAAUUAUGAGAUUCUAUGCAAAACAUUUGAUCCUGACGCUAAAGCUAUAUUGGAGGUGAACAAUGGUGAUUAGCAGUAGCUUCAUUUUUAUUACUAAACAGAAUCUUCUCCUCUAGCUGCAGCACUGCCACAUAAUGAAGAUUGAAUGGGAAGAUUACUUAAUCUUGUAGCUCUUCUACACCACUCCCCUUUUCUAAUGAUGGCAGAGACUUCGGCUUGAUCACCUAACACUGCUUCCUGCACAAUUCUUGGACCAAAACGUUAGAUUAAAGAGCCCUAGACAUGACAAUCACCAUGCAAGAAAAAGGAGAAGCCAAAUUCCAAUGCAUGCUUAGUGAACUGCCUUGUUAGAGUUCUCAACUUUAUCAAUUUCCUCCAACUCCAUAACCCAGAGUACAAAUGUUCACAGUCAAAAAAGGUUUAUUCUUGAGAUGGUUCUCUUAUUUCCAAACAACCUAAAAAGAGAACCUGAUUGGGAAAAAAAUGCUCUAAAUAUACUAAACACUGAAGUUUUAUACCAUUCUUUAGUGCUCUUAAUUCCCAACUCUGCUUUUAAUUGUCACAAACUGUGCUCCUUAUAACCUUAGCACCAGCACUUUAUGAAGUCUUUGUGGGAGGAUGAACAAAUUGCAGCAAUCAGUCUUCUGUAAAUGCUUUACAAAGAGGAAAGGAAAAAUCUUGGGUGGUGCCACUAAUGAAGAUUUCAUUUUAAACUAUUAAAUAGGAAUUUCCUACUAUCUGAUUUUGCAGAUCUUUUUUCUUUUGUUUGUUUGUGCUCUUUUAUUUAUUUAUUUAUUUUUGGCAUGAACCAUACUCUUCGGUUUCUUCUAUUUCAAGUGUAUUAUGAAUAGUUGAAUAUCUUUGAACCACUAGCGACAUUGAGUUGGGACCUUUAGAUUGGCAGUUUUACUGUCAUAAUUGGUUUAAUAGGUGUGAAGAGGGUUGAUCAGCUGUAGCUUUGUUUUUGUUACCAAACAAAAAUAUAGGCUUUUGAUAACAUAGACAAAAUAUUUUAGCAUA